AUGUCUAGGCUUUCUUGUCGACCAAUCGUUGGUCGUGGACUAUACAUCGUGCCUAACGGUAAAAUGGUAUAUGCCUCGAGCGGCAUCACCUGCUCGGCGCAAUGUCAAAGGGGAAGAACUGCAUCGAUAACAGCCAUGUCGGAGGAUGCUGCCCCCGGCUUAGAGUCUUGGAAUCGUGUUUCAAUCUUCCUUCUCGUCGAAAGGCGCAUUUACUUGUACGAUUCCUCGUUGUUGCCCGCGUCUGACAUGUGGUGCUUAUGGCUUCUUCAAGCCCACAUAUCAAUCUUGACGCAAGCGGUCUACCCUAAUACCGUGAUAAUCCACCGCGGGAAGCUCAAUUGCGGCGUAUUGUCCAAUGAUGACGGUAUCGCAGCGUCUGAGGAGCGUGAACGGAAUGAAGGCUCCAUCCUCAUCGUUUUCGGCGAAUGGACAUUCGGCGGGCUUAUCAGCAGCUACUUGCAGUGGACUAGAGGCACGAGCGGCGAAUCGAAGGUGGUCAAUUGCUACACCCUUUCAUCGACUACGUCUCCGUGA